ACAUUGAAACCCCUUUCCUCUCCCUUAACCUCACUUUUUUUUUGUGGGUCCUUUUUUUUUAUUUCUCCAGGCCAUUGAAAAAAGGCAGAGAAAAUGGAGAUUUUUGGAAAAGUGAUAAUGUCAUUGAGUCUUAUGAUGAUGAUGAUGUGGAAGAGUGUGGAUGGUUACAGUAGUGGUUGGGUUAAUGCUCGAGCUACAUUUUAUGGAGGUGCUGAUGCUUCUGGUACCAUGGGCGGCGCGUGUGGUUACGGGAACUUAUACAGUCAAGGCUACGGAACGAACACGGCGGCUCUUAGCACGGCUCUAUUCAACGGCGGCCAAAGCUGCGGUGCUUGUUUUCAGAUAAAAUGCGUAAACGACCCAAAAUGGUGUCUCAGAGGAACAAUCACAGUCACCGGAACAAACUUUUGUCCACCCAACUUUGCUCAAGCCAAUAACGCCGGAGGUUGGUGUAAUCCUCCUCAACAUCACUUCGAUUUGGCUCAGCCCAUCUUCCUCCGCAUCGCUCAAUACAAAGCCGGCGUCGUCCCCGUCCAAUACCGGAGAGUGGCUUGCCGGAGAAAAGGAGGAAUAAGAUUCACGAUCAACGGUCAUUCAUACUUCAACCUCGUACUCAUAACCAACGUCGCCGGCGCCGGAGAUGUUGUCUCCGUCUCCAUUAAAGGAACCAGAACAGGUUGGCAAAGCAUGUCAAGAAACUGGGGACAGAAUUGGCAAAGCAAUGCAAAUCUUGAUGGUCAAGCUUUGUCCUUUAAAGUAACAACUAGUGAUGGCCGAACAGUUGUCUCUAACAAUGCUACUCCAAGUAACUGGAGCUUUGGACAGACUUAUACCGGAAAACAGUUCCGGGCUCAGAGGUGAUGAUGACGUGGACUUGAUGGAGGACAAAAAAAAAUAAGUUUACUUAUUAUUUAUACUGAUUUUGGAGUUUUCUAGAGUUUGCAUAGUUUGAAAAAAGUUUCAGGAGUUUAUCUGAUUAACCCUAAUCAAAAUAACCAAUUUCU